AUGGGUAUCGAAGCAAAAGAUUUCGGUCUUGACGUUGAUCUCCUAGCGUUUAGCGGUAUUGUCUUCAGUCCUGAACAGCGCGCUUCAUUACAAACAUCGCUUGUUAUUCUUAAAGAACAAUAUAAAUUCAAAACAAUUCAUUUAUGGGGCAAAAUUUUAGGAAUAACUGAUGAUUAUUUCAUUGUUCAAGGCCGUCAAAAAGAUGAGCUAAAAGAACGACAAUUUCUCUACAGUAAAAAUUGUAUCGAAUGGAAUAUGUUAAAUGCAGCUGAUGAUGAAGCAAAAGAAUUAUCAUUGUUAUGCCAAGGACGUUUCACUGGUGAUCCGUCGCAUGAAUUUGAAGUGACAAAAUAUACAAUUGUGAAUGAAAAUACUGAAGAUGAAAAUGUCGACGAGAAUAAAUCACAAUUACGUGAAGAAGAACGAUUAGCCGCUGUUUUAUGGAAAAUCGAACAAGACGCGUUGAUCAUUCCACGUGGAUCGUAUGUUCUUCAACCAAAUGGCAACGUCGAGCGAAAUCGUACAUUCGAAGGUUUAACAGUAACCGAAGCUGGUAAAUUGACCAACUAUUUCCAUUUCCGUGAGCCAAUUCAGCUGCAACAAAAAAGUCUCAUACAUCGAGCAGCACUCGAUAAAAGUGUUCAUUUUCUUGAUACUAUCGAUGAAGAUAUUCCCAAAGGCUGGAGUGUUCAGUACGAACGUGGCAGUGGCUUGAUACAAAUCCGUAGUCUUCAAUGGCUUGGCAUGGCGUUCUUUCACAUUCCUGAAACGAAUCGAUUCGGUUCGCUGUAUUGUGGCAUUGGCGAAGAAAAUAAAGAUUUGCCAUUUAUGCUUUGA